AUGGCGCCGUCACCGUCGAAUCUCGCCUCCAUGGCGAAGAUCGCGACGCACGAAAGCGUGUACCCUCCCGCGGAAGACUCCUUCCUCCUCGUCGACGCCCUCGCCGCGCUCUGGGACGACGAGCUCGCGCGCUCGCGUCCCAAACUCUGCAUAGAGCUCGGUACUGGAAGCGGUUACAUCGCGUGUUCCAACGCCCUGCUCGCGCGCGCGCACGGAUGCGGCGACGUCACGCGCACGCGCGCGUCUGACAUCAAUCCCGACGCCGUCGCGGCGUGUCGAGCGACGUGCGAGGCGCACGGGGUGAGCGGGACGGAGUGCGCGACGGCGCUCGGCGACUUGCUCGAACCGCACGCCGACGCGCUCGCCGACGCCGGUGGGUGCGAUGUGCUCGUAUUCAAUCCACCAUACGUCGUCACGCCGAGCGAAGAAGUGGGCGGGCGCGGCAUCGAGGCCUCGUGGGCGGGCGGCGCGCGAGGGCGCGAGGUGCUCGACCGACUGUUGCCGAGCGUGCGAAGCGCGUUGGCGCCGAGAGGGAUGUUUUUGUGCAUUUUAUUAGCGCAGAACGAGCCCGAGGAGGUGAUGGAGAUCAUGCGUCGCGACGGUCUGCGAUGUUCGCUCGUGAGCUCGUGUAACGCGGACGAGGAGGCGUUGUUCGUCUUGCGGUGCGACAGAGACGCGUGA